CGCCGGCCAAAAAGCACGUCCCUCGCGGCCCGGCGGGUCGCACACGUCGACGACGCAUUCCGGGCAGCCUCUGCUCGGUGCUCGACGGCGCCGGCAGCGGUCUCACGCGCCUCGCGGGCGUGCCUCACCGCCCCAGGCAACAACACCUGGGCAGCACCAGGGCAGCCCCACGCCAGCCGAAGCGUACAAUAAAGAUGGCCAGCACCAUCUCCAAGACGGCCAGCACCGCCUCCACGGCGUCAACGAAGAGCACCGGUCGGAUGAGCCCCUGCAAAUAUUGUAGAGGCGAGGUCGAGUUCUGCGAACGGUGCAAGCGGCGAUUCCGGGAAAGUGUCAGCGACGAAAAGUGCGAACGCAUAGCCUUCGGUUCCGAGAGGGAGGACUUUGAGCGCAUGAAGAAGGACCUGGAGGAGUUGGUCGACAAGAAAGAAACGGUUAUUUUGUCCCACGAACAAUUUCCUGGCUCGACGCAAACGCCCCACCAGCGACGACGAACUCUACGGUUAGCGAAGAAGGGCAUGGACGAGCACGAGAUCAAGUUGGCGGUCGAGGAACAAAAAAGGAAUAAAGAAGACCUGCCCGGUCUCGAGCUGGAAGUCAUGCCUACGGCGGCCUAUAAUCAAUUGGCGAAUAUCCACGACGGCACGCGGUCGUGGCUCCACAAGCACGAGAAGCGCAUCGAAGGCCACAACAAGUGGUUGAAACAAAACGCGGUGGAUCGCGAGAUCUCCCGACAAGAUCGACUCAUAGAUGCUUCGGGCGAGGACUCGCUCAAGACGCUGGCGGACAGCAACCCCAUGCCCCUCAAGAAGAUGAAGGAUAAAAAAAGGGACAUCGGCUUCGUCGUCGUGCGGAAACGGGUCGAAGCUCGGGCGCGGGAAUAUUUAAGAGCGGAGCGGUGACAUAUCCCGUCGGCGGGAUAUGUUAUAAGUAAGUGUAGCAAAAAAAUGGGGCGUGUCCAUCUGUGUGCCCUGGCGUGGACGGCACUGGCAACGCUCCGUAGUAAAAAGUUUAAACAAAAACGGCGGGGAGGAAUCUCGCGAGCGCGCCGUCGCCGCGCGUUCGCGGAGUCCGUAGGCGCCGCCGCGACGGCGUGGAUGUGGUGUAGAAGCCACGGUCACGCCAUCGUCGCAACGACGCACAAGGGACGUGGGGAA